UUUUUCAAAAAUAAAAUAAGAAAAAGAGAGAAAAACAAAAGAAAAAAAAAAAGACCGCUUAGACACGUGUCAUAGAAGAAUCAGUACAGUUUCUCUUAAACUCAGCACUCAAGCAAUCAGCAAAGCAAAGGAAAACCAGAGCAUCAUCACCACCACCAUGGCUUCAAGCUCUGGAGACAACGACGAAUUGAUUAACAUCGUCUGCACUAGCCCUAAUCAAUUGGAAGCUGAGACCUCGGACAAUGAAAUUCUUAUCUCCACCGCCGAUAUAUUAAGUUGGGAUUUCCCGGCGAUCCUCAGUCACGGAACUAUCAAAGUUCAAGCACAUCGGAAAAGGCUUGUGGAAAAUUGUUCUUAUUUCCGUGGUCUGCUCAGUGGAAGUUUCUGUGAAUCAUACAUGGACCAUAUUUCAGUCCAGUGGAACUUGGAAAUAUUUUUGAAUAUCCUCAAGUGCAUAUAUGGAUGCCAGAUAGAUAUUACGCCAAAUAAUUUUCUCCAAUUUUAUGAGAGUGCACUAUAUUUUGGAAUUCGGAUGCUUCUUGAAAAGUGUAGAACUUGGUUUUCUGAGGAAGCACCAUCCAAGGUGCCACCAGAAAUAGACCUGGAUAAUCUGAUUGGCAUUUGGAAUUUUAGUUUUGAUCAUGCUUACGAUGCUCUUCCAGAACUAUGUGCAAUCUAUCUUGCAAAAACUUUUGCAUGGGCAACAUCCAGUGAAUUGUUUGUAAAUCUUCCAUACCAUUUAUUACGAUCUUCCGUAAUGCAACCGUAUUUGACAAUAGAAAGUGAGAUGCAUCUCUCCGUCGCACUUUUUUCAUGGUUUGAUGCAAACGUACACUUGGAAGAAUUGAGUGCAACAGAAAAUGACUACACUAGCAUUUUAAAGCAGAUCCACGUGAGCCUUUUACCAUUGUGGUAUGCUGCAGGGAAAAGAAAUUCUCGUUUUUCUAAGUUUGCUGAUGCAAGCAUUCAUUCAAUUUUUACACUAUUGGAAGUUCCAUCCACCGGCUCAAUAAAUGUCUUAGGUGAUGGUGACUUGUGUGGUUUCAGAAUUCGGCUGACAGAAUUUUCUAAGAAAGUAAACCUUUCAAGCUGUUCACAGAUAACAUCAGCAAUUCUCCUCUUGUCUGUGCUUCCUUCAGUAUACAGUACAAACCCCACAUUAAGAAACACCAUUACGGAGUUACCUUUUAACCUUGAACAUUUCGACAGAAAUCACAGUCCACUCUCUCAGAAAUUUUUUCCAACCAUGUCAUUUGAAGCAGUACAGGAGGUGGAUAUUUCCAAGUGUCAAAGGCUGCAUGUUGAAAGUGCCAUUGAAUGCUUCUCCGUGUCAUUUCCAUCAUUGAAAACACUGAAAGCAGCUUAUCUAUUGAACUUUGAUAUCUCAUUUUUACAUCACUUGGUUAGGAAAUGCCCCAUGGUCUGUGAAGUUGAUCUAAGCACUGAUAUUAGUCCAGUUGAACAAUUGCCACAUGUAAGCCCCAGUCCGGCUAAAGUGACAAACGUUUGGAAUUAUUCUUCAGGCGGUGCAGUUUGCAUGUCUAAUCAACCAGAGUCAAAUAUCACAAAACUCACAUUAGAGGGCCGAAAUGAGCUUCGUGAUGUAGAGCUCAUGUAUGUUGCCAAAUUCUGUGUCUCCUUGCAGUAUCUGAACAUUAAAGGGUGUGUUUCGUUAACAGAUGUUGGUAUUGCAAGGCUUUUGUACAGGUGUAUUAGACUAGAAUCAAUUGUUGCUUGUGGUACUGCUUUUGGGACAAAUUCAGUUCAGGCACUUUGUUCUAACAUUGAUUAUGGUAAUACUCAUCCCAAACUUUGGGAUUCUGUGGCAUCCAAUCUUCGAACACUGCAUAUUGGUGGCUGUAAAGGUGUUGAUGAAAUUUUCCUUCUAAAGCUUCUAUCUAAAAUGCAUCUGCUGAAGAGUCUAUGUUUGAGGGACACUUGCGUAGUUGAUCGUGCUCUCUAUAGUUUCACAGGUUCUUCCUUGGAGAUGCUUGAUGUUUCUAAUACAAUGGUCACUGGAGUUGUUUUAGCAUAUAUUGUUUGUAAAAACCCAGCUUUGACGUGUUUAAGGGUGAGGGAUUGUAGAAAUUUGUCUCAACAGGGAAGGAAUACUGAAAGGGGAGAAAUUUCUUCAGCAUAUUCUUACAGAGAUCUGGAAGUUGGGUUAAGCAAAACAUGCAGGCUGGAAGAAAUUUCUUUUGGAUGGGGAUUUUCUUACUUCUCUAUCAAAGCUCUGAAACCUGCAAUAACAUCAUUGAGGGCAAUAGCCGUGGGUUUAGGCGCAUCAUUAGGUGAAGAUAUUCUCAUUCAACUGCCCAGCACUUGUCCUAUUCUUGAGUCCAUAGUUCUAUAUUUUCAGGAAAUAUCAGAUAGUGUCAUUGAAAGCAUUGUGACAACCUUAAGGAACUUGCAAGUGUUGGUUUUGUGCUAUUGCCUCAGUGAUAUGUCCAUCUCAGGCUUCAUGUUCUCCAUGCCAAAUCUGCGAAAACUGCAGCUUGAACGGGUCACCCCAUGGCUGACCAAUGAUGAUUUGGUUAUUAUGACUCAAAGCUGUCCAAAUCUGAUUGAGCUUUCACUUCUAGGAUGCAAACAUCUCAAUUCAGAUUCUCAACAGAUUAUUUCACGUGGAUGGCCAGGCUUAAUUUCUAUCCAUCUAGAGGAUUGUGGAGAGGUAACGACAAAUGGGAUUCAUUCUCUUCUUCAUUGUGUGGCUCUUGAAGAUCUCUUGCUGCGGCAUAAUGGGGCUGGAAUACCAAAAAACUUCAUUCAAACUGCUGCUUCAAGGAUGCCGUUGCUCAGAAAAGUUGCAUUAGAUCUGUGUGAUGCAAGAGACGAUACCUUUGACAUCCCAAGAGAAUUAUGUAAGCAUUGUGAAGAUAGCAAGCUGUAUGUCUUGGGGAGAUGGCUCUUCGUACCCACUUUUGAACAACAAUAGAAGGCCAAUGCACAAGGAGACACAUGUAGUGGUAUGGAACGGCCGAAGAAUGGCUGGUACAGUAAUAGAGGAAAGAGUGUAAAAACAGGGGCGAAAAUGCACCCUCAGUUCAAUUCAUAACAGGUAAUGGCAGAACAAAUCUGAGAUGUUUUAUAUUUAUGGUAUAACCAUAACAGCAGGAAGUUAGUUUUACAUGAACUUUUUUUUUUUUUUUUCUCAUAUAUGAAGCUCUCAAACUGUGUAGGGAUCCUAGCAAGACGAAAGCUCUAGUGAAGGAUUUGAAAAAAUUUUGAUAGAGCUUAUAUCAAUGAAAUUUUGAAACCAAAGUUGAACGGUCCCAAGA